ACGGAUAGAAUGCUGGAGACUAUCUUUAAUGGUCUGGUAUGUUAGAAAUAAAAUUAAAAGUGAAGAGUUAAAAAUGUUUUUAUUGCUUUAUUUAAAUUGACCUUUUCCAUCUUGAUGUACGUUGUCUCAGAAUUUGAGCUAUUGGAUUUCUACAAAAAAAACUUUAAAAAAAAUAAAUAAAAUUCUUCUUCUUAAAGGACAAAUUCUGAGCCAAGUACUCCCCAGUGUGCCAGAAGAUGUUAAAGUGAAUCAAGCAUGAGCUACACAAAUCUUUCACUUAACGACUUCCAGCCCAGUGCUGGGUGUCUGACCUCAGACAGAACAGAAGACACUGCAGCAAUGAAAAAUGUUGUGGAACAACUUGAAAACAGACUAAGUAUUUAUGAUUUUAUGAAAAUGCAGGAGAUUUUUAUGUCUCCAGGUUUAAAUGGAAGAGUGGUCAUGACUAGAGAAGAGUUCACAGAGCAGAUGUGUGCAGUGAUCAGACCAAGUACUAAAGAAGAAUUUGGUGAGAUGUUUGAUAAGAUAGAUUUGACCCGAGAUGGUAUCAUUGACUGGGACAAAGUGACCUCUUUCAUGCUCUUAGACCUUAAUGAGAAGGAUGAACGAACGAGAUCAUCAGUCAUUCCCCAGUGGAAGAAUCUCCGACUUCUUUCACCCAUCCACAAAGAUAUUAUUCAAAAAGUAACUUUUUUGAAAGGCUCCAGCUGUUACCUGACUGUAAGUAGAAAUGGAUUGCUGGGAGUCUGGGGAGAAAACUUAAAGCUACAGAGAACUCUGCAGAUUACUACAGAAGCUGUCAAACUGAAAGAUCUCUGGGUGACAACACUGGUCUCGCUAGCAAAUGUAAACAAGAUAGCUAUUGCUUUUACGAACAAAGAAAUCUGCUUCUAUGAUCUGAAUUCCAAGCAAGGAUUGUCUUGUCAGUACAGGCUGCAUGGCCUCCAGGGAACAGUGAUAUGUAUGGACUAUUGGUAUAACCCUCAUGAUGGAAAUGAAGCUAUUCUAACAUUGGGGGAUGUCUCUGGACAGGUUCAAGCCAUUUCCUUUACCACUGCUCUGAUCUCUUUGUUUGAACGACCUGCUAGCUCCCCUGAAGGUGAAGAAGCAACUGUGACCAUUAAUUGGCAGGAGCUGGUCUCUGGGUAUCACAAAUGCUGCUAUAUGUUAAAGCACAAACUUCAUUAUAAAGAUUGGGUCAAGCAAGUUGCAUACAGCUCUUCUUUUGAUGCCUUUAUUUCCAGUACAACCAGUAAUGUUAACACAUUGGUGCUGGCUUGGAGAGAAAAAUUAAAGCCUCGCCUUAAAACUACAUCCUUUGACAUUGCCCGGGGAAUUAAUGCUUUUGACUUCCACUCUCGACUCAACUUAAUCGCUACUGCUGGCAUCAAUCACCGAGUUUGCCUCUGGAACCCCUACGUCACCUCGAAACCUGCUGGAGUUCUUCAAGGCCAUUCAGCCAGUGUAAUAGCUGUUCAGUUCAUUACUGAACGAAAACAGCUUUUCAGCUUCUCGGAGGACAAGGUGUUAAGGCUCUGGGAUAUUCAGCAUCAGCUGUGCAUCCAGAGGAUUGUGGGCUCAUUUCCAAAGUGUCUGGACUUCCAAUCCACCCUUUAUUUUAAUGAAGCUCAUGGACGGCUUUUUAUCUCAUUUAAUAACCAGCUGAUGUUAUUGGAAAUGAAGCAGGAAACCGGCAGAAAGGUCACAAGUCAUGGGAAAGCAGUUACUUGUGUUCUUUACAAUUCAGUUUUUAAGCAGGUAAUCAGCUCAGAUACAGGAUCUACCGUUACCUUCUGGCUGAUAGACACUGGGCAGAAAAUCAAACAGUUUACUGGUUGCCAUGGCAAUGCUGAGAUCAGCACUAUGACGCUGGAUGCAACUGAGACAAGGCUCUUAACUGGAAGCACAGAUGGAACAGUAAAGAUUUGGGAUUUCAAUGGACACUGUCACCAUAAACUCAGUGUUGGAAGAGACCGAGCAGUUGACAUCUCCCAGAUCAUGGUACUAAAGAGGACUAUAUUAGUUACAGGCUGGGACAGAAUAAUUACUGUCUUCCGACUGAGCAACUUGACUCAGUUUUUUGUUCUGCCUGCAGAAUGGAAAGGAGGAGUGCAGCAUCAAGAUGACAUCCUAUGUGCUGCGUUUUUACCUCCACAUACUCUAGUUACAGGGAGCUGUGGUGGUGAAAUUGUUGUCUGGAAUAAUAGUACAGAAAAUGCUUACCUUAAAAUGUACCUGGAUCCCCAAAAAUCUCUGAAAUCCAAAUCAGAUACUCUGUUACUACAACAGCAACUUAGUUCUGCUCGAAGAAUGUCCUCUAGAAGACAUACAAUGUCUGUAGCUGACUUCUAUGACACUGACCCUGAGUGCAACAAUGCUAUUACUAAGCUUUUAUUCCUAGAAGCUAGAAAGAAUAUUUCAGUGACAGGUGGAGCAAACUUAGUGUCAUGUGGAGGUGCUGGCUAUGUUAGGUUUUGGAAUACCUUGAAAAGCCAGCUCAUGGCAGAGUUUGAAGCCCACAGUGGAGCUGGAUCCAUUAUCAUGACCAUUGAUAAAAUGAGUCAAUACCUCAUUACUGGGGAUCUAGCUGGAUGGGUGAAAAUAUGGAAUAUACAGGACUACUGCCUUGGUUCCAGUGAGAACAAGGUAACCCAGCCACCUCGCCUGAUAAGAUCAUUUCAGCCACACAAUGACUGUGUUACUUAUCUGGAGAUCUGUGUGCGAAGCAGUUGCCUGCUCAUCCUCUCCUCCUCUUCAGACUGCAGUAUUGUUCUUAGUGAUGUGUAUGGUACAACAAUUGGAAUAUUUGGCCAGGAGGAGCACUGGCGAAUUGAAAAUGCUCCUUCCCACCCCAAAGGAGAACAAAAUCAAGAUAAAAAUGUGGGCCAAAGGGAAGAAAAGGAUGACGUUCUAAAGAAAAAAGAAGCCCCUGUUCUUGGAGGAGAGCCAUCUCCUAAACCCCCAGAACAAGCUAUACUUGGUAUGGAAGACAAAGAAGAAUCUGUAAACAUGAUCAGUCCAUGGGAAAACACGAUAUUGGGUAAAAAAUACAAAGAAAGCAAAAUCCAGAAAGGAAAGAAACAUAAGUUCUUCAAUGGGAAGACCAUGCAAAACUCCACUGGAACAUUUAGGUCAUUAAAUAUUGGAGCCCUUGAGGACGUUGUUGAAAUGAACAAGCCUGACUUUGUUCUAAACCCUGAUAAAUACUUCAGGGAAAUGACUGAGGAGAAGUGCCCUGAAAAUCUGAAGCUCCCUACUCUUUCAGAAACCUUGAAAGCUGUAUUUGAUGAGAAGAGCCUGUUCCCAAAAGAAAUUCUGGAUCGUGAACAAAAAGCAAGGCAACUAUGUGAGCAAAUGUGCAACGAAGGCAAGAUGAAAAGAAAUAAGAAGCAAGCAAAGAUGAAAGAAAAAUAAACCUUCCUGUUACAAAGAAGAACUGUUUUUGAUCAUCUUGGCAAUAUGGAAAUAAAUAUCAGUGAACAAUUGCACCAAUAAGUCAAGCACAAAACAAUUAAACUACAGAUCUUGAAUG